AUGAAAGCUAAGGCAGAACGAAAAAGGUUAUUCAUUGGUGAUCAAAUAAAUGAAUGUAGAGACUGUUCUGGACUAUACUUCUUGCUGCCUUGUGAACGAGGGUAUAUCACAAAAUGGGAUGUGCAGAAGCCUAUCUGGGAUUAUGUGUUCAGCAAAAAAGUGUGCCCAAUAGAUGAACAUCCUGUUGUGUUAACCCAACCUUUGUUUAACUUUAAUUCUAUCCAAGACUGUAUUGAUGAGAUAUUCUUUGAAGAAUAUGAAGUAUCUUCCAUGUUUCGCCUGAAUCCCACAGACUUAGCUUAUCUCAAGUAUACAAGGGAUCAUCGUCUUCGUAAGACUGCCCCAUGUAUGAUCAUUGAUACCGGAUUCAGCUUUACCCAUAUUAUACCUUAUAUAAAUGGGAAUAAGUACCUCAGUGGUGUCCGUAGAUUGAAUGUAGGUGGUAAAUUAUUAACCAAUCACUUGAAAGAUAUUAUUUCAUACCGCCAAUAUAAUGUUAUGGAAGAGACUUAUGUGAUAAAUCAAGUUAAAGAAGAUAGUUGUUAUGUUGCUCAAGAUGUUAAAAAAGAACUAUCAAUUGCAGUAAAAUCUGGUGCAGAAAACAACAUUGUUCGCAACUAUGUUCUUCCAGAUUUCAAUAACAUUAGAAGAGGAUACAUUCUUGAGAACAACAGUGAUGCAAAAGAAAAUGAGGAAAAUUGUCAAAUAUUGAGGCUAAAUAAUGAAAGAUUUAUUGUACCUGAAAUACUAUUCCACCCUUCCGAUAUUGGUAUGAAGAGUAUGGGUAUUGCAGAAGCUGUAGUUAAAUCAAUAUUAUGCUGCCCCAAAAAGUACCAGCAAGGGCUAGCGAAAAAUGUUGUGGUAACAGGAGGUAACUGCAAUUUUAAAGGAUUUAAAGAAAGAAUUCUAGCAGAGGUUCGAUCAAUGCUACCUCAUCUGUGGGAAGUGAAUGUAUACCAACCAGAUGAUCCCAUUACAUAUAGCUGGGAAGGUGGCAAAUCACUUUUGAAGAUGCCAGACUUCAAAUCAUCCUUGGUGACUAAGGGAGAAUAUGAAGAACUAGGGUCAGCAAUUGUCCAGCAGAGAUUUAAUACCUGGAUGACAGAUAAUUCUACAGUCAAGGAAGAACCACCAGAAAAAAAUCAAGAGGAUUAUAGAUAUUUGGAUUGGUUGAAAAGUAGGACAGUUUUUGGUAAAGAAGACCCUGUUGAUGAGAAAGAUCAUUGUGAACAAGAGGAUGAUUCAAAAACACAGCAAAACUCGGAAGAGAAUGAUGGCAACAAUGUGCCUGAAAAUGUUGACAUUGGUCAGCAGCCAGCAGAUGUAGAACCAAAAACUAAGGCUUCAUUGAAAAAUCUUGAAAGUAUCCCCAUUCCAAAUAACAUUAAAGAGGAUGAUCAAUCCAGUUUAGAUUUUUCAAUGCACAAUGAACUAUUUCCUUUAGGUCUAGGAUCUUAUUUAUAG